AUGACCACCCGCCCAGCGCGGCUUCUCCAGUUGCAAAAGGAACCAAUUAGCGCGGAGCGCGCGGGAGGAAGCGGCGGCGACCACCGGGACCACCGGGGCAGCGCCCGGCCCUCCCCCACCCCGGGGCGGGGGUCACCCGGCGGGUGGGCUGGACUAUCCCCUCAGGGACCGCCCCCCACCCCCCGCCAGCCUAAUCCAGACAAUGGCUGCUAUUAUGCGCGCCAGCGGCCCCGGCAGACGGCCCCCAGCUGCAGCGCCUCGCGGUACCGCCCCGCCCCCCCACGCCAGACCUACCGUCCCUAUCCCGAGAUGGGCACUCAGCCCCCCUGGGAGGGCCCGGGGGAGCCUGGGAGCAGCUCUGGAGGAGGGCCAGCCUGGCACAUGGCCCUGCCUCGGCCCGAUGGCUACGGCCCCCGUUGUGGCCCCCACCCCCUGCCGCCUGCCUGCCUGCCCGCAGCCACCUUUGCACAAGCAGCUCCAGCUCAGACCCUUCGAGGAUUAGGUGGCAAAAAGCCACUCCCACUGCCCCUGGCCAAGGCCAUGCUGGGGGAGGAGGGUGGAGGGGAGAGGGGCCUUAACACAGUGGGGCCCCAGGGCAGGGCAGGCAGCUCCUGCAACCAUCACUGUCCAGCCACCGGCUGGCUGGCCAGGCAGGCCCUCUUGGACAGGCGGCACGCUGCCCUGCUGUGGCCCGAGAGCCCGGCUGGGCAGGGCAGUGCGCCAAGGCCUCCAGGUGCCAGCCUGGAUUUCAGCCCCAUCCCAGGGGGCCGGCGGGGAAACAGGGCACAAGCAGCCAUCGGCUUCCCUCGGGAUGCACCUGCCUCGCCCCCUCCCCCGCCACCUCCAGACCUUUACACCAAGGCAGAUCUGGAUAUCCCUGCCCUCCUUGCUCUGCCAGAUAGAUCCUCGCUCUCUCCCACCCAGCUAGGAGAGCAGAACAGAAGUGUUGGCCCGGCUCCGAUGCCCUCCAGCGAGCGGGGCGGCCCCGCACACCAAAGCGCGCCCCCACUGCGGCCGCCUAACUUCCCCGCCGAAGUUUGCGCCCGCCCCGGGCCAGGCCGUGACUCCGGCCCGACCUCCGGACGGCGGGAGGGAGGAAGGGAGGAGAAAAGCGGAGAGCCGGAGGGCCGGGGCCGGGUAGCAGGCGAGGGAGGGAACGCGUGA